AUGACCCACGAGAAUGAGAGCCCGCCUCCGGAGUACGAUGGUGAUACCAGUAGACGGACCUGGGGCGCAGAACGGUCUCUAAGUCGAAGUUUGAAGAAAGAUGGGCCGUUGAUCGCUGGAGAGGCAUCUCCAUUGUUGGGGAGUGGUAGUAGAGAUGGAGACGAGUUUCCACCGGAGAAUAGAAGAGAUGAAGAACAAGCUGAAUGGGAGGGGAUGGUGGAUUUUCAACAUCUGCCAUGGUGGAGGACACCAUCUAUAUACUGGCUAGUACCUUCGUUCUUCCUCUACGCCCUCGCUUUUGGUGGAAUUAUAGUUCCAAAGAUCAACCUAAUACUCGAAUUGAUAUGCUGGGAAUACUAUUUGGAGUUAUCAAAAGGCGAUCCUGCGAUGAACCCAACGCUGUUGUUUGGAGAUGGUGGCGGAAGCGAGCAAUGUCGCCACAACCCAGAUAUACAAGCUAUCGUCACAAAGUUCACUUUACUGUUGACAGUAAUCAUUGGCGCGCUGAGCGCUGUCAUGUCGCCCAAGAUAGGAGCUUUGUCAGAUCGCAAUGGCCGUGUCAAGCUUCUCGUUAUCACGAGUCUGGGGGGCUUCAUGACGGAAGUCAUUACUAUCUUGGCAUACAAGUACCCCGAAGCUGUUAACUAUAAAUGGCUACUGGCCGGCGCCAUCUUUGAAGGGUUCUGUGGGUCAUUUACGGCUGGUUUUGCGGUAACUCACGCCUACGCUGCGGAUUGUACCGCACCGCCCAAGCGAUCCGUUGCGUUCGGAUACUUCCACGCAUGCUUGUUCUCAGGUAUAGCUCUGGGACCUAUGGCUGUGGCGGCAAUUCUGAGAUCAGGAGGUACUUUGAUUAUGGUCUUCUACAUUGCAUUAGGUAUUCAUACCUUCUUCAUGCUAUUUGUCCUUUUCGUCGUACCCGAGUCUCUAAGCAAGAAACGUCAAGAAAUUGCUCAAGAGAAGUAUAGGGCAGGCAGAGGAAGCGAUGCAGCCGAUGGAUAUACUUGGAAAUGGGCUCUCAAGUCCGCGAAUAUUCUGUCUCCUCUCACCAUUCUUUGGCCAACAGGUCCAGGUACAUCCAGUCGACUGAGAGCGAAUCUCAUUCUACUCUCAAUCGUGGAUACCACAAUCUUUGGAGUUGCCAUGGGAGCUUUGAACGUCCUAGUCCUUUACACAGGCUAUGCCUUUGACUGGAAAACCGAAGACACCAGCGUUUUCAUCUCCGAAGUCAACGUAAUCCGAGUCUUCGGUCUCCUCGUCAUCCUCCCAUCCCUCAACUACCUAGUCCGCCGCCGUCGCCAAUACACUCAACGCCGUGACUCUGGCUUCGUCAGCGCAGACCCAACCUCUGGAUCCGAUCUCUUCGACCUCUCCAUCAUCAGAGUCGCCAUUUUCCUCGAAGUCGCCGGAUAUUUCGGCUAUGCCACUGCUACCACAGGUCAAAUGUUCGUCGCAUCAGGUGUUCUCGCAGCACUUGGUGGUAUCGCUAGUCCUACACUACAAGCCUCCCUCACCAAACACGUGCCUCAAGACCAGAUUGGCCAGUUAUUAGGUGCCACCGGUCUCCUCCACGCCCUGGCUCGAAUCAUCGCGCCUACGAUAUUCGGGCUGAUUUACGCCAAGACCGUCGCGACGGUUCCUUCGACCGUGUUUAUAGUCCUCACGUCCUUCUUCGUCGUAGCUUUCUUCUUCUCGUGGUUUAUAAGACCGCAUGUAUAUAUCGAAGACCAAAGCACCUCCACAACGACGCCUGAGACUGUAAAUCCUGUAUACGACCCUGAUGUCCUCGUAGACGAGGAGAUCACCGGUAACUAA